UCAUUUGAAGAAACCAUCUAUCCCAUUCCUAUUGAGAAUAGCUAGCUCAAUCACACAGUUCAAUGCUUAAGCUCUUUGAUUCUUCUCUUAGGCUCUGUGUAGUGCCUCUCUCUGUAGCAACCAUAUGGGUUACUGUUACCAAUCAGCAGGAUAAUAGCGACUAUGGAGAACUCAAGUAUUCCAGUCUCUCUGGUCUCAAGUAUAUGGUUUGUGUGAGUUUCAUCUCUGCUAUUUAUGCUCUUAUCGCAGCAGUUUCCUCAUGGAUCAAACGUACUGUUUCUAAAGCUUGGAUUUUCUUCCUCUCCGAUCAGAUUAUAGCGUAUGUGAUGGUUACAUCAGUCGCAGCCGCAAUGGAGAUAUAUUACCUAGCUUAUAAUGGGGAUCGAGAGGUUUCAUGGAGCCAAGCUUGUGAAUCGUAUGGCAAAUUUUGCAGCAAAGUGAAGUUGGCAAUAAUUCUCCAUUUCUUGGCUCUUUGUUGCUUCUUGAUCUUAGCUGUGAUUUCAGCUUACAGAGCAUUUUCAUUGUUUGAGCCUCCCUGUGCUAAUUUUAAAGAGGGGGACCAAGAAAGAACUUAAUUAAUGGUAGUAGUUACUUGAAAAGCAUACUUAAUUACUGUACUAAUUACUAGAAAAGGUCUCUCUGAUUGUAGUUAGCUUAUGAAUUUGAUGAAUAAAGAGUGUUCUGGCUCAAGUAUAGAAAAAACAGAGGAUGUAUGCAAGGAUGAACACAGUGUGAACUUGUCUUUGAAACGAAAUCUAAUUUGUUUUAACUUGA